AUGGCUGGGAUGAAGUUUGAAAGAGCCGAAGUUCUCUCCGAGCAAGAUAUGUGGUAUUGUCCCCGCUGCAAAGAGCAUCGGCGAGCCAGCAAGAAGUUCGUCCUGUGGAAAUCGCCAGAUAUUCUUGUCGCGCAUCUCAAGCGCUUUAGCAACUCUGGAUGGCGCCGCGACAAGUUGGACGUCAUGGUUGACUUCCCUAUCGAGGGUCUCGACCUUACUUCCAGAGUCAUUCAAAAAGAGGAUGGCAAGGAUGAGAUAUAUGAUUUGAUUGCUGUUGAUGAUCAUUACGGAGGUCUCGGUGGAGGCCAUUACUCCGCCUAUGCCAAGAACUUUGUCGAUGGGCGAUGGUAUAACUACAAUGCGAAGAAAACUCUGAAGAAGAAGGCGAGGUGGGGGAAGGCCCAGCGUCUCGGCGAGGGUUCCUCCCUGAUUGGGUUGUCGAGCGCUGGGAUCGGAGCCGUAGCAACUCGCCAUCUCGGCGGUCGUGGUUCGGAUAGAAUCACCGUCACCUCUUUAGCUGGACCGGACGACGAAGACGAAGAUCUCCCACCCUACGAUGGAGCUAACGGGAUGGGGAGCAUCCACAGCACUGUCGAGGACGAGGGUGUAGAUGUCAAUGGAAGCUACCAGCGCCUGGACAACAAGUCACUCAACCUCGUCCAGGGUUGGAAUUUCGAGGGCCUGGGCGAUAGCGGUGCCGAAGACUCUACAGGUGCAGACAUUGGUUCUGAUGAUGUCCAGCUAGACUCUUCAGCUGAUGAGCGUGGCCUCGGCCAAUUUGAUGAUCACGACACAAUCAUGACAGGACAGGACCCCGCUGAGGGCGAACCUGAGUCUGCCGCUCCUCGAACGACGAUUCUUACAGACACCCAGAAGUCUACAUGGGACCGUAAGGAUGUGAUCGAUGUGCAAACCACGGCAGGGAGCGACAGGGAUUCGAACGAAGUGGCCGAGAUCCAUCUUGAGAAUGAGAAGGGAACCAAGGCCGAGUAG